GAUGAUUACGAUGAUGAUAAUGAUGAUAAUGAUCUUAUGAUGCACGACGCCGCUGCCUCGCCUAUCCAAGGUGAUCUAUCAUCUGUUUCAAGUAAUUAUAUGCAUCAGCAGAGUCAUCAUCUGAGAUGGACUCCCUGCUAGAUGACGUGAUUGAACAUCUUCCUUGGGAUUCAGCAGUUUCAAAUUCUAACUCGAACACAGACAAGUCCGAUUAUAAAAUAUUACGAGCUUCAUAUGCCAACAUACGGUCGCCAGUCGUUUACCAAGUUGAUUGCGAAGUUGAUUGCGAAGUUGCAAUCGAUGGUAAAAAUGUCCGUGAAAAAGCCAUCUAUCGUGAAACUUACCCAUCUCAUCACGACAUGAAACAACCUGAAAUAAACGAGACUAAACGACCACGUCUUUUCCAAAGGAAGAACAACCUUAUGCGGACAAAUAAACACAAAUACGGAAAUCAGUCCAGGCGAGAAUAAUUAUAGGACAACAAUGAAUAUUAAACAAAACGAAAAUGAAGUGAAUUCAUCAUACAUGCUGUUUCAACGAUAUGGAAAGCAAGAAUCUUCUUGGACGCAUUUUGAACUGCAUUACGAUAUGGACAAAUGGAAAGUUGGGAAGCAGCUCACUUCUCAAGUGGACCCUGAGGAGUUUGUUGUUAGCUAUGCGACCAUCGAGCAAGUCAGACCACCAUCAACAACUCUGGAAUACCUACCAGCAAUAAAAGAAGAUACAUUUGAAGAUGACGUUUGCAAAAUCCAGGCUACUCAGUUCAUGUCUUUACAAUCCUUACCAUCACCUCCAGCACGACCACCAUCACCACCUUUAUCUCCAUUACUUCAACCACCAUCACCCCACCAUCACCUCCACCAUCACCCCACCAUUACCACCCUCAUCUCCAUUACUUCAACCACCAUCACCUCCACCAUCACCACCCUCAUCUCCAUUACUUCAACCACCACACCUCCACCAUCACCCCCACCAUCACCACCCUCAUCUCCAUUACUUCAACCACCUCCACCAUCACAAUAUACUGAACCAGGAAAUGAAGAAAUCACACCAACAUACAAACCCAACAUUAGAGACAUACAAGGAGCAGUACCAGUUACAGAAGAAAGACAACCAGUAUGGUCAUUUGCGCAAGCUGUAUUUCACACUGAUGGUCAGAGUAAAACAUUCUUUAAGGUGAUCGAUGAUCGAAAAGAACCCUUCCAAUCCAGCACGUUCAUGUACCGAGGAGAGAGAAUAAAAGUUUCCAGAGGAAUCAAGGUCACAAAGAAUUGUGUUGAAAGUUCAAAUAAGGACAUAGAUGAUGACAGAGGCGGGAUAAAUGAUGAUUACGAAGAACAUCAGAUCAUGGAUAGCAAGGAUGAAGAGGACUACAUAGGAUAUUCAGAGAUUUGGGAUGAAGGGAACAACAACGCGACAACAGUUAAUAAUGAAAUGAUGGAGGACAUGGAUGUACCUGUUGCCAGAACAAUCACGACAUACGAAAUGGCGACAGAACAAGACCUUUUCCAAGAAAGAAAUUGCUCGUGGUAUUUGAAGCUACAUGGCUCUCGCGGUGCUUGUGAAAUCUCGUCGAACAACUUUGAUGCAAUAGCAAAGGAUGACGACAACACUUUGCUUGGAAGUCUGGCGUUUUCCUCCGGUAUCCAUCGCUGGGUGAUACAAGGACUUGGUAUCUUCUGUGCUGUGGGGGUGUGUUACUCCGGGGAAGACGCAAGGGUUGGUAUAAGGGCGGUAAGUGGGUGUGGACCACAGAUGGUUUGAUGUAUUCUGAACCAACAGGAAUAGCGAGGUCUGAUUCGGGCAGUGGAAAAACGAAGAUGUGUUGGAAAUAACUUUGGACUGCGAGGAACAGCAACUCACAAUUGUUAACACCAGAACGAAGGUUGAAGCAAGUUUAUACGGAUUUCAACAAGACGUUUAUCCUUAUUUUAAUAUCUAUAAAGGAAGCUGUAUUCGUUUGCUAGAAACAUCAUAAAAAUAUUCGACCUUGUUUAGGACAUAAAGACAAAAGCAACAAUAGACUUAACACAAUUCGCACACUAGACACAAAUUUCAUACAAUAUAAUUGCAAUAUGCAUAGAAG